ACAGCGACUCCAGGGCCCGCACGCACAACCAUCACAAUGCGGACCUACGACGACACCUUCAGCGGUCAGAAGAUCUACCCUGGCAAGGGCAAGCUCUACAUCCGUGGUGACUCCAAGAUCUUCCGUUUCCAGAACGGCAAGAGCGAGAGCCUGUUCCUCCAGCGCAAGAACCCUCGCCGCAUUGCCUGGACCACCCUCUACAGGAGGCAGCACAGGAAGGGUAUCUCUGAGGAGGUUGCCAAGAAGCGCACUCGCCGUACCGUGAAGCACCAGCGUGCUAUCGUCGGUGCUUCCCUCGACGUCCUCAAGGAGCGCCGCGGCCAGCGCCCCGAGGCCCGUUCCGCCGCCCGCCAGGCCGCCAUCAAGGAGGGCAAGGAGAAGAAGGCUGCGUUGGAGAGCAAGAAGAAGCUGGAGAAGGCCAAGAGCGCGGCCGGCGCGGCCCGCGGCCAGGCCCAGAAGAUCACCAGCAAGCAGGGUGCUAAGGGUUCGGCGCCCAAGGCCCAGGCCAAGAGCCGUUAAGAGCAAACAAAAAUGGUUCUUGCGUGAUGGUGGCAUGGGUGCCCGGUGUUGCUUUUCUGAUGGUUGCCUGAAGCUCGGACAAAAUGGGCGAUUUUCGAGAGGGUUUGGGCUGAGUUUCUUGCCGGUAUUGUGACAUAGGGUCAGGCUUUUACGGCAAAUAAAGUUCACGUCCUCACGUGUCUGCCCUCGGCUGAUUUUUUGCCGUUGUUGCGAGCUGAUGGUGAUAGUCAACAGCCAGCUCAACGGAAAUACCAAGAAUAAACGAAUACCCAAUGUCACACGGCUUUGCCACCCCUUCUCGUUGCGCGAGAGUCCGUCCAGACCCGUGGAACGUCAUUCAGUAUCUAUGACGGAAGAGUGUAUGACGUCUUACCGGACUUAUCAGAGGGUCUUCCUGUGAAUGUUGCUUCCUAUACCGACGUCGUUUCCUUGUCCC